GUGUUGCGCUGUCGGUGGAUAAAAUGGUAACAAAAGAGUGGAUGGAUUUCGCAAAGCAUAGACACCAGAUAGACCUUUCGAACACCAAGAAUAGAGAAAUACACGCAAGGCAUGUUACGGCAAUCAUCUCAUAGGCCAAGAAGAGCAAGAGAGCAUUCAUCUUUUAGUGUGGUUUCCCUAAAUGUAAUGUUGAUCGUCUUAUUCAGGGGAAAACAAGUAUCCAUGGUGUGGUACGAUCGUUGGCUAAGUAUGUGUAAAUGUAAUCGAUCAUCGUCUUAAUAUUCAGGGGAACAAAAGUAUCGUCCAUGAGCAAGAGGCUCUUAGGAGAAAUAUAUUAUAUCAACGGCCAAGAAGCGGAUCAUACUGCUUUUUCGGAGAAACUAUGCAAGCUGCACUAGCAGCACAUUACUUUUACUAGCUGUAGUUCUAAUCACUGCCGUCGCUUCUUGCGCCAGACCUCUCCUCCUGAUGAAGAUGUAGUUUACGAUCCUGAUGGGACCGAACAUUUGGUGCGCAAGGCUUAUCCAUGGAGCAUCGUCGAUGACGAGUUAAGGUCAACAUUUAGUGUCCAUCUUUCUCGGCAUCUCGGUACCCUUUUCCCUUGUAUUCUGAUGAAAUACAAGGUAAAAGGGGUCAAGAUGAGGGGGCCGAGAUGCAAUCCAGCAGACUCUAAACGAAUAUUGGACAAGGUACAUGGACCAUCGCUUGGAGGACGCUUUGUACACGAGAACCGGGAAGGUGAAGAAUUUCACGAGGAAUAGCUAUCGGUCGAUUAAGGCACGAGUAGAUAAUACUUAGUUGGAUCAUUUUUCCAUUAUUAGAUAGACGGAUUGAUAGAAACAAACGUAAGCCUAAACGCAGGGACCACAUACUAGAGGACGCGCACGCCCGCGACCUUUCCAUCCCAUUCAUCAAUGGGGUCGUAACCCCUAUUCGCCCAAGCACUAGUCGCAGUCCUGAACUCGUCUAAAUACAUGGGCAAGGCUAAGAUUGAAGAUGCCCGACUCGCUGAGGAGAUUAUUAAAAAGAACGUGGAUCCUUUACUGGCGUUACUGCGCAACUUCGAAUAUGAGAUGGAAGAGGAGGAGAUGGAGGCUUUCGCGCCUCAUGCUUUGGUUAAGGCAAUGAUUUUGAAUCUACAUGAUCUAGACUGUAAUCUUGAACCUGCUUGAACCUUACUCUUAGCCCUUGUAGUAUUCGUAUCGUCCUCGUUGGCUUGCUGUCUCUUCCUAGGGGUCGUAGGGGGGAAGAAAGCCAUUAGACCAGGAUUUUUCUCGUUGCUUUGGGUGCAUUUUGCACCCCUCUUUUGAUAAUUAUAACUGCCGGGUCAUUUUGCGAGGACCGAAGCGGCCCCAUCUAGUGGGGGCUAGGUGGUGCCUUAAGGCGACCCUUUUUGGUCCAAAAUGGUCGCCAAAUGACCCAGGUCGUUUGGGGUGUCAAAGUGGGGUCUUUUUGCCCCCCUUUUUGACACCCCUCCAAAGCAUCGCUCCUAGGGGUCGUAGGGGGGAAGAAAAUCAUAGCCAAGGAAGAUGCUAGUGCUACCCCGGGGGACGCGACUGUAGUGUUAGAAGUACCUCUAAUUUAGGUCACAACAUGGACAUGACGGAUAUCUUGCCUACUUACCGCCGCAUAAUCUUGGACCAGCAGCCGAAUUAUCCGUGGUUGAUUGCGCGUGACCAGGAUGAGCACGCUUCGACGGACCGUAAGAUUGCUAUCCUGAGAAAAGGCGGAUCGUCUGACCGCUCAUACCUUUUAUUAAGAAUUGCGGUGGAGUGUCAUCGUGGUGGAGUGUCAUUAAUAUCUACUUACCUAGUAAUUAGAGUAGUUUAUAGAACGGAUGUAGGAUGGACUUGGAUGGAUCGGAUGGACCCCCCUGAUUCUUCCGAUCCUACUUGAAAUGGUGGAAAGUCCAUCCGUUUCCGUUCCAUCCGAUCCAUCCCAUCCCGGAUCUGGCACCCCUAUGAACUGCUCUAUAGUAUGGUCAUCUCUAUGUGUGCUAUCUAUCAGUCUCUUCAGCUUCAUAGACGUAGAGCUAGAGGAGGAGAUGAACGAAAAGGAGGCGCGACAUACUCGAACAAGCGGUAGAUUCAGGCUCGUUUUUCUCGGCUCUUAUCUCUUGUUCACGCUUACCAGUUCUAAUUCCCAAAACAUUCAAAGCCCCCAGCACGGGCUUGGACUUGCUUCCAGCAUACGACUUUGACAAUCUUUGGUUGAAGCAGUACGACACUUUUUGGGGCCAAAAGUUUGGCCGGAUUCCGGUAGUCACGUCAAUCGGCGAGCAGGAAAAGCAUUACCGCCAAAUGGUCGAGGAUGCGAAAGUUCAACUCGUAGAACAAAGAGAACACGACAUGCAGCAAAGGUUAGGGAGCUUUACAGUACUGUAAUUCAAUUCAUCUCAAGAAGCACCUUGAUCAUCUUUACCGUCGUGUAUUCGUAUUGCAAUUGCACCUACUGCAAGUGCCUGUGAGGCUCGCUGUGAAGGAUUCACAACCUAACCUAACCACCUACUUUAGAGCCCCUUGUUUUCAUCAAGUGGAAAACACGAAAAAGAUGCUACUUUUCAAGUAAGGUGAUGAAAAUGAUUGAAUAUAGGUGGUAACGUUCUCUAAUGAAGAAACAUGCUGAAGAUCAGAAAUCUGCAUCCUCUGGCACAUCAAAGAAAAAAUCUUGUAAAGAAAACCCUUCGAAGUCCCGAGAUGGAGCUGCUGCUGCUGCAACAGAUGAGGAUAAAGAUUCCAGCAUCUCUUCGAUUCCGUCGCGGCUUGCUUAUAAUUGGAAAAAGAUUUUUUCUCGAUUGACUGGCAGAGAAAAACCCAAGGGAACUCCACGCUCUUCGAAGCAUCUUCGAAGCAUUGAGGACGAAGAUUGCAUCGACGAGGAGGAGGAUUCAUCAGAUAACACGAAGCAUUCAGCAUCUGGUUCUGGUGCGUCAUCUUCUACGUCAUCUUCAGCACAAGAACGUACGAGCAACCCAGAAGAUGAAGAUGAUGCUGACACUGUGACUCUGGUGGAGCAGAACCCCAAUCUUCGUGUGGUGAAAUUGACUUGGAAUGAAGGCACCUAUAUUCCUUCUGGUUUGCUUGGUGGGGCGUUGCCUGCGUCUGGCGUGGUAGCGGAUCACUACGCUGGGCUGUUACACAUCGUCAACAUCUAUUGGGGACAGUCCAAAGAAGAAAAAGCACAGCCGCAGAGUAACGCUGAAGAAGAUGAUGAUGAAGAGCACAUUAUUCAGACGUUCACUGCAUCGGAUAUGUCCUUCCACAGGGACGACCUCUCCAUGCACAAUCUGCUGGGUGUGUCUGCUGGUGGGAGUCUCUCCUGGCAUAUGCAAGAGUCUGUGGCGCCAGAAAGCGUUGUCCCUUUCCCUCAAGGCAGAGUGUUUUCGAAUUUAACCAUAGGCGUGAAUCAUGGAGGAACUAGUGCAAUACUCGACUUUAUGCCGUCUCCGGCGUCGCUAAGGCGUCGAAAGAGAGUUGGAACAAAGGGGUCGAAGAAAAACCGAGGUGGAGGCUCUUCUAGUACUGGAGAUAUGAACAAAAAUAAGGAGAAAAGACAAGGUGCUAAACAAGGCGAUAAGAAAAACAAGGCUAGCACCAGGUACGAUCAUGAUCUGAUGCGACGGUUUAUGGAGUACAUCAACAAGCCCAAAUUGGAAAACGAAGACGUUAUGCUUUUCAACACCGAUGCGAAGGAUCAUAACUUUCAACGGCCACCAGUGUUGAUCCCCGACCUCCCAGUCCUCGGAAAGUUAAGGCAGCAGCUACCGCUCAAGCAUCCUCAGCAUCUGUUUUGGACCUUUUAUAUUUUCUACUUGACAUCAAAGGGAGGACCAACAUACAAUACAAGGAUGAACAACCUAUUACAACAAUGAUGCUAACGCGGCAGCAGCUCAUCUAAGAAAAGGAUUGAUGAGAUUGCGCCCAAGCAUGAAAAACUUGCGCAUGUGCGCAGGUACCUCGAGAGUCAUGACUCGCUUGAAUGGACCGCAGUUACAAGAGGAUGAGGCACAGAACAAGAUACCCGCGGAAGACAAUUAUGUUUGAUCUACUUGAUGUGGAGGCUCCUCAAGAAAUUGAAUUGAUGAAGAUGAUGCGGCCUCUGAAAAGACCAUUUAUUUUAGAGUAGUUUAUAGAAUGGACUUGGAUGGAUCGGAUGGAUCGGAUGGACCCCCCUGAUUCUUCCGAUCCUACUUGAAAUGGUGGGAAGUCCAUCCGAUCCAUCCGACCCAUCCUAUCCCGGAUCUGGCACCCCUAUAAAUUCCUCUAUUAUUUAAUAAAUUGUUUUCGUGAGUAUAUAAUUUAUAUUUCUAGCACCAGUCAGAGCAGGCUGAGCCUAAUAUACCAAUAUUAAUGAUAAUUAACCGUCCUCCAAAUGCAAAUAAUACAAUCACCUCCUCAUCUAAUUCCCUCAAGAAGACUCGAAAGAAGACGUCGUUGUCAAGGCUUUGGCGGGAUUUUCGAUGGGUUUGCGAGCGGACCGGAUUCACCUUAAAUCUGACAUAACAGUGCCAGAACCGAACACUACUCCAGAAGGAUCGCCGUUCUUUUAUGGUCGUGAUACGCCAGAGCUGCUAUCUCGUAUAGCUGCCAUUCCGUGAAGUUUUCACAGGCCAGGUGUCCAAACCCUGACCUAACGCCCAGUUGUCUCAUGAUUUCUUUCUCUAAUAUCUUGAUGAAGCUUCUACUCUACUUCACCAUUUUAUUUUGCGACAACACAUAAUUUUUAGACUUGAUCAAAAAAUCCGGCGCACUGUACAAAUGGUUAUAAUUUACUUACAGCACGCAAGAAUCAUCCGCACCCGCCCACUCUAAUGGCUCCUUCCCUUCGCCAAGCUACAUUGGGAUAAUCAGCGCAAGGAGUAUGUGAUUCGGUGUACGAUGGCUUUUGACUCCAACAAACUUUUUGGAUGGGACCAGCAGAAUAACACCCACGUGACCAAACGCAAUGCCACUUACGUGGUUCGUACCUUCCGGGAUAGUGACAAUUAUUUUAUGGCGUGGUUUCUUUUUCUUCUCUCCUAAAGGAGACAUAGUAAGUUAGUAUGCUCUAGCGGAAGAGGUCGUCGAGGACUUCUAUCAAUGAAAAACAUGGACUCGUCCCGUAGUUGCAGAUGAAAAAAGCUCUAAUUCUCAUACCGUAGGAGGAAAGCGAAUCCCUUUAUCUGCACAUGCAAAAGCGCAACUCGAUAGGCUUACUGCCACCGCCACUACUAUCGAAGAAUUAUACAACACCAAUAGCACUACAUCAAAAACUUCUUCUUCUUCUGGUGAAGCUGGUGGAGGUAAAAUAAACUCCUCGACCACUGCGAGCAGCGCCACAGAAUCUUCGACAAGGAGCAACGACGCCUCCACGACUGCGUCGGACAGCACGCUGCAACCUAGUGGCAGCGCCAUCGUGGAUAAGUUCUACAAGGGAACGACCAUUUUGGUGGAUGAAAUUCAAGUCCUCGAAGUAAGAAUCGCCGUGUUGCCUUCUGCGCUACCGAUUUCUACGCUGCGUAAGAUUGGACUGGAUCAAGAUUUAGUGUGCGAGAUUCCCCUUACGCAUCGCAAAGAAGGCGACGAGGAUGUUAAGGCUAGUUUGCUGUUCUCUAUCCCGAAUCCAAUUCCAUGAUCAGGUCCGGCUAUGUCUAAGAACUAAGCAUGCUGAGUACAACGAGAUGAGAGUGGGUUCGUUCCCCUUUGAUGACGGUCCUCGUGAAGGGGAUUUUACUAAGAGAAGGUAGGAAGAAAGAGAACCCACUCAGGAGGAGCCACGGAUAUACAUAAUUAGUAUUAGUAACACUCGUCUCCGAGAACCUUCUCAGUUUUUCCAGGAGGACAGUAGAAAGAGUCUAAGGAUGACGCAGGACCGCUGUUCUGCGGACUGCUUGAUGAAGAGCGGCACUUAUUGCAGAUGAAAAAGAAUUUUAUCGUGGAAGGCCCUCACCAGCAUGAGGAUGUUAAAGCUCAGAUUCAUUAAGGCUUUAUUGGCUUAUUUUUUCCAAAGAUGGAAUGAUCAAUCUUCUGGAACUUGAUUGUUGUUCAGAAGCAUGCUGCUCUGAAAGAUGAUGAGUUUGAAGACGUCCUUCUCCAGGAAUUAUCGUUAUCCUCGAUCGUCUAAAUUAGAUCGUUUGCACGUAGUGGAAGCCGCGGUUUCACCACCUCUACGACCUCAUCUUCCAGUACUAGUCCGAAUGCUGCAGAUGCGAUCGCGAAAAACAGAGUUGGACAUGUAGACGCCCGAUUGUUGCGCCGGAGUCGCCUCGUGCGAGAAAUGCGAAUGAGAAGGAAAGUGUUUCUCCAUCGCGAAGCUUUUCAUCGCCAUUUUGCUCUCUUGCGCGACAAAGCACUGAAGAAGUGGCCGAAAAUGAUGCUAGCAAGAGAGCUCCAGUCCUUCAACUGGCAUCACACUGUUGUCACGCCACAAGGCCAAUUCCUGAAUCCGCCUACGAAUCUGACAGCGCGUAACAACACGAUUUCGAUCACCAAGACGACGACUGGUAGACCCAUUCCGGAAGUCGCUGGGUGGCGAGCGACGAACUCACGGUUCGUCAAGGGCCUUCGUUUGACCACGGUGCAGCAUCGCGCGAAGAUUCGGAGACUGAGUCUCAGUUACCUGAAUCCACGACUAGAAGUCUUUAGACAAGUAUGACCACAGGAAAAAGUGCAUUCACACUCAACAAGAAAUAAUUGGCGGCUAAGAUUUAAGUGGGAAAGGAGCCACUUGUUUUUUGAGUGUGAGUGCACUUUUUUCCUUUCAUAGCAAGUGAGGGAUCGAAAGGCUGCAAUGAAGAAGGAAAUCAGCGUGGAAAUAGCGAGCAUGGAGCAGGACAAUGGAGUUAUGAAAGCUGCCUUUCUCUUCUGAUGCUGUUGUAGCUGAAAGUGAAAGAUCCACAUGUAGUUUUAGAGUCAUGAUACAUGUGACGUCGAGGCUUUCAGCACUCUCUAGAAGAGUAGAAAGCGUGGUCUUGAUGUUCACUUCUAUUGCAGCUCUCCUCUACUAGCGUCGUCAUGAUCUAUCAAUCUACUUCUCUUAUAGUAUAAUCAUGAUCUCAUCUAACCCUCGCGAGAAUAGUACGACACCUUCUGCGCCUUCUUCUAGUAAAGCGACAAAAACUGAAGAGUCUACGUGGUUUUCUUGGCCAUUCCCCUGGCCGUUUAUAUCUCCAGCUAAAGUCUUCCGAUGCACAUGCUGGCUUGUCUGCUAUUUGUGUGGUCCUAUAAGUACUCUUAUUUAUGUUGAGUCAUUUGAGGGGGAGAAGCUUCGAUCAACAUGAUGUUGAUGUUGUUGAGACAAUCUUAAUUAUCCAACUUUUAUCUCAUGUGGAAUUUUUUUUGACUAUCUAAGGUUUACUCGCACAUCAUUUACUUCAUUCUUACUCACACCUCCAAUCGAAUACCACCCUUGCAUGAUCAUCUCAGUCUCACAUUUAUGAUCAUCCACAUUCACAUCCUACAACAGAAUCCGUUUUUUGGACAGCGCUCUCUCCGUUUGGGUUCGUGUGGAGGAAGGUUUCUGCUCAUCUUGGAAGCAGCAAAACAGAACAACAGGGCGAUUCCUCAGACGACGAGGAUGACGUCAAAGGGGAUGAUCCUGAUUAUUAUGGCAUGGGGUCGUUAGCGUUACUGGGAUUUUUAUACUUUCUGCUCAUCAAUGUUGACGAGUACAACUGACUAGUACCAUGUGAAUGUGUAGACUGUGCUUGAAUUUACAACUAAAACUAUGAUCUUCAUCACGACAACUCCCACGACCUCUGGAGGGGGGGCUCUACUUCUCCCCCCCUUCCCUAAUUUAUAGUAUACGAACCCCCCCUCCAGAGGACCUGAUCCUCUGGAGGACCUGAUAGUAUACGGACCUGGUUAGGAACGAACCUGGACCUGAUCCUCGUCUCUUUUCGUCCUCUUCUAAGGGCGUGGAGAAAUCUCAGCAGCUUUCCGGCAAAAUCACGUGAGCUCCUUCUUCCCGAACCGAGUCGGGUGGAACAUUAGGGAGGUUAGCUGGUCCCGUCUUCGACGCCGUAACAACCUCCUGGACAAAGAGCCCGACUAUAUCGGCAGCGAAGCGGUUGCGAUGCAAGCAGUGGAGAGAUCUUUGCCGCUUACUACUUUAUGGUUGAGUCUGCUUCUGCUAGUUGUAGUUUUGCUGUAACAAGAAGAAACAAAAGUUCGUUGCUGCUUAUUUUUUGGAAUUCGUUCACUCACAUCCACUUCCACAUGGCUUUUCCUGACCUGAAAGCAUGGGAUUUCUUCUAUUUCUAAUUUUCAGCGCUUCUCCAGCAGUUCAAAAGUCGAGUCCAGACGCCAAGAGGGUCCUCUUCGACAUCAAAAAAGCGAAUGCAACAAGAACGGGACACUUUUUGAACCUCGGAACUCAAGUUAAGGCUUGCAGAUGAAACAUCUACUUUCGAAAAACUGAAAUAAGCGAGUAACUACUUACAAUAAGCGAGAUACUGAACAAGGAAGAGUAGCCCUGUCAGAGCUACCUCCCUUAUUUCAGUCAGUAACUCGGUUAUUUCAGUUUAUCGAAUACUUUAGAUUGGCAGUAAAUGUUUUUUAUUUACUCCAAUGGGCAUUUUUCUUCUGUUUCCUUAUUAUCUUAGAAUUGUUCUGAAGACAUGUGUUCAGCCGCGAAGAAAUGGACUGUUUUGGUUUCUAAGCACCACGCCGAUCUGCAGCAAGACCUUGUCCGCCUCUACCUCUUCUCCCAAGGUCACAGAGGUUCUUUGAAUUACACCUGGCUAGUGGAUUUGUGGAAGCUUUCAUGAAGCUCCUAGAGGGGAGGUAGCAGUUCACUUUCGCUACGUGCGGAAAAACUUUGGUGCAAGAGAAAGCACGCAUCAUGAUCAUCAAGAACUAUGAAUCUAUGUAUAAGACCACGACAAUGUGAUAUAAAGAUCGUCACUAAUGUUGUCAAGAAUUUCAUAGGCAUAAAAAAGUGAGUCUUUGGGCCAUUGUUAUUUGCAUCCACUAAUAACAAUAAGUUGUCUCAACAAAGCGUUUGUUGUAUAUAUAAGAAAUGAUUCCUUCUUCUGGUCCUGAUGCGCCAAGACAUCGCUACUUGUUACAAAAUGAUUUCUAGUGUUGGAUCGUUCAAGAUUUUUUGAAUUUAUUGUUUGCAGAUUACGCCGCUACUUCUGAAUCGAAAUAAGCUAGAAGUAGAGUGAAAAGGUGUCUGUUGAUGAUGAGUUACGAAGUACUCAUCUACUCUGGAGGUUGGUACGAGACAACCAUCUACUCUGGAGGUCCGGGACAAGAACCAUAUUUUUUUCAGUACUUCUGUUACACAUGGACGUGGUAAAAACAAGUGGUGAACAACAACCGCCUCUAAGCAUAUUUUAUAUCGGUACUAAGUUGAAAACGGUCCCCUUGCCGUUCACGUUCUGUCACUCUCGUUGAUUGUAGUUGUAAAUGUAAGUUUUGUUGUAUCGUCUAGUCCCGCUUUAUUGUUACCCAUACAUGGUCACUUCUGAAGAUGUUUUCGUUGUAGCACUAUCUAUGUAUGACCACCCCAGUAAUGCUGAUCAUGCAAGGACCCGAAAGUUUCAAAAAAUUUAUUCAUUUUUUUAUGGUGUUAAAAAAAAGAAGCAAGUUGUAUUAUGGCAUACAAAAAAAGCAAAAUGAAAACCAAGAAGCAGACCGGUGUUGUAAGAACUCC